AUGUCCGCCCUCCGCAAAGCCCUCCCCGCCGCCGUCCGCGAGCUCCGCCUGUUCGGGUGCCAACAGUCGCCUGGAUCCGAGGGUGUGCGCGCCUUCAUCCGCUCCUCCUACCCUCAAAUCAAGUCCGCCAAUCCCGACUUGCCCAUCUUGAUCCGCGAGGCGAGCGGGACGCCUGCGAGGGGGUUUGUGAGGUUUGAGCGCGGCGUCGAGAAGCAAAUCAGCCUCGAGGGCGCGUCGUCGGCAGAAGAGGUUGAAAAGAAGAUUGCGUCGUUGCUGUAG